GCGCUCCUCUGAAGCAUGAAGGACUGCGUGGGAGAAAGCAUGAAGAUUACAUUUGGAUUUUCUGAAAAACGGACCUUUUUCACCAUGAAUGCAAGAACAGACUGUCGAGAGAACAGCAGAAUGAGAUCUUUCAAAGCACCACAUGUCUGCACAGUGUUAUCCUUAGUAAUGCUGUUCCUUCCAGUCACUGGAACUUCAAAGCAAAAUAUCCCAAGACUUAAACUUUCCUAUAAAGACUUGCUGCUUUCAAACAGCUGUAUCCCAUUCCUGGGCUCAGCGGAGGGGUUUGAUUUUCGGACCCUGCUGCUAGAUGAGGAGAGAGGCUGGCUGCUAAUCGGAGCUAAAGACCACAUCUUUCUGCUCAGCUUGGUUGAUUUAAACAAAAAUGUAAAAAAGAUUUACUGGCCUGCAGCAAAAGACAAGGUGGAAGUAUGCAAACUAGCUGGGAAAGAUGCCCAGACAGAAUGUGCAAAUUUUAUCCGGGUUCUUCAACCCUACAACCGGACCCAUGUUUAUGUCUGCGGCACAGGAGCCUUCCACCCUAUCUGUGGAUACAUUGAGCUUGGAGUACACAAAGAGGAAAUAGUAUUCAGACUGGACACUCAGAACCUGGAGUCUGGCAGGUUGAAAUGUCCUUUUGAUCCUCAUCAGCCAUUUGCUUCCGUAAUGACAGAUGCGUACCUCUAUGCUGGAACAGCUUCUGAUUUCCUUGGCAAAGAUACAGCUUUAACACGUUCUCUAGGCCCUUCUGAUGACCACCAUUACAUCAGAACUGACAUUUCCGAACAUUACUGGCUUAACGGAGCAAAAUUUAUUGGAACCUACCCCAUCCCGGACACAUACAAUCCAGAUGACGACAAAAUCUAUUUCUUUUUCCGAGAAAUAUCGCAAGAUAGCAGUACGUCUGACAAAGCGAUCCUUUCCCGAGUUGGAAGAAUUUGUAAGAAUGAUAUGGGAGGUCAACGGAGCCUAAUAAACAAGUGGACAACUUUCCUGAAAGCAAGACUGGUGUGCUCGAUACCUGGCCCUGAGGGAGCAGACACAUACUUUGAUGAGCUACAAGAUAUUUUCUUACUUUCCACAAGAGAUGAGAGAAACCCUCUAGUGUAUGGAGUCUUCACUACUACAAGCUCUGUAUUCAAGGGCUCCGCAGUUUGUGUGUACAGCAUGGCUGAUAUCCGAGCUGUUUUCAAUGGCCCUUACGCUCACAAAGAAAGUGUGGAUCAUAGAUGGGUACAAUACGAAGGACGUAUCCCAUACCCCCGGCCUGGUACAUGCCCAAGCAAAACUUACGACCCGUUGAUUAAAUCUACCAGAGAUUUUCCAGAUGAUGUUGUUAGCUUUAUAAAACGCCAUCCAUUGAUGUACAAGUCUGUUUACCCAGUGACUGGAGGACCUGUAUUUACUAGAAUCAAUGUGGACUACAGGCUGACACAGAUUGUGGUGGAUCAUGUCAUGGCAGAAGAUGGGCAGUAUGAUGUUAUAUUCCUAGGCACAGACACGGGAACGGUACUGAAAGUUGUGAGUAUUACAAAGGAGAAGUGGACUAUAGAGGAGGUAGUACUGGAAGAGCUGCAGAUUUUCAAGGUAAGCUUUACCAGCCACUGAAUGUUUAAACAGCAUCAGAGAAUAGUUUAGGGGAG